ACCCGCAAAGGUAAUGCAAAGCUUCUACGUUUUGAUGACUACGUCUCAUUGUAAAUCAUGUUCCAGCUCUGCUCGAGCUUUGAGUGGAUCUUGGUUCUUCCCCCUGCUCAAGCCUCAAGGGGCCCCACGAAGUCUGAGCGCGUCGGCAGCAUGGUCGGCCCGCGCCAUAAGCCGAGCUACAUUUUUUGCGUUCUGCUUUUUGGCCGCUCAUUAAACACCAACGAACCACGUCGCACCUGCGAUGCAGGUAGCAGCUUCAUGUCAGCUGUUUUGCAGUGUUCUAUGUAGAUUGGCUCUUUCGAAGACUCGGCGAUUCGACACUCUCCACGAUCACGAGUUCAAUUUGUAGCCUAGAUCGAGCCCAACGACCUGCCAAGGUCAUCCCACUCGUGUUGCAGUGUCUGA